AUGCCUCCCCGCAAGCAGUGGAUUGAUAAGAAAAAUGCUACCACUUACCAGCUGUUUCACCGAUCUCAAAAUGAUCCUUUGAUUCACGACCCCGAAGCCGACGAUCGUGUCCUGCACCCUGUGUCUGGGCCGUCGCUUCCAAUUUCAGAAGGCAAGAAGCGCAGCAAAAAUCUUUCGGAUCUGAGCAGCGAAUUCGGAUCGGACUCCAUUAGGCACAAUGAGGGCGAGGCUGCGAACUAUGGCAUCUACUUCGAUGACACGAAAUAUGACUACAUGCAGCACUUGCGAGAGCUGGGAGCAGGUGGCGGUGAGUCAUACUUCGUGGAGGCUACGAGCAAGGGAAAGAGCAAGGCCAAGGGGAUGAAGCUGGAAGAUGCCCUGAAGCAACAAAUGACUCUGGAUGAUACGAGGAGCGAGUUUGGCGCCGGCAGUGUCUACGGAUCUGAAUAUACCUCGGACCUGCGUUCGACCACUUCAUCAUACUCUCGCAAACCAACAUAUCAGGAUCAGCAAGACGUCCCCGAUGCGAUUGCAGGUUUCAAGCCUGAUAUGGAUCCCCGUCUCCGCGAAGUGCUCGAGGCGCUUGAAGACGAGGAAUAUGUCGAUCCGGAUGAUGAGGAGGAUGUCUUUGGAAAGUUGACCAGCAAUGCGGAGGAGUUGGAUCCCGAGGAAUGGGAGGACACAUUGUUUGACGAAGAAGACGAAGACGACGGCUGGGAGUCUGAUGCAACAGAAAAAGCACCCGUACAGAUGAACACUACCGAGGCCAAAGCGGACUACGGCGGUGUUCCUCUUCCUCCCAAAUCAGAUAACCAGGAGCCCGGUGAACUGCCAAGCCACGACGCACCCGCUCCAGACAUGGACCCCGAGGAUCAGGGAUGGAUACGCGAGUUCGCGAAGUUCAAGAAGGACACCAAAGUGAAGGCCGCACCAGCGGCGCCGCCGAGUAUCGUCCCUUCGGAGCAGCGCAGCACUCUCGCUUCCACUAUAUUCACCGUCGGAGGCACCCCGAUUCGCAGAAAGAAGCGCAAGGGCGCGCUCACCAACCCCUCCGCGUACUCUAUGACCUCGUCUGCUCUGGCCCGUACCGAAGGCCACCGACUGCUUGACGACCGAUUCGACAGGAUAGAGGCCCUCUAUGCCCUCGACGAGGAAGGCGAGGAGUAUGACGAUAACAUGUCCAUGGUCAGUGGUAUGACCGGCAUGACUGGCAUCUCUACCGCUUCAUCGCAAGCACCCAGCCUCAUUGACGCCAACGGGCGCGAGGUAGCCCCGCGACACAACUUCAAUGAGGUCAUGGACGACUUCCUUGCUGGGUGGGAUGAUAAGACAAGCGCCCAGGCGAAGCGUAAGGGCGCCAAGGCCAAGAGAGGCAAAAACGGCAACGAGGCCAUCGGAAUCAAGAUGUUGGACGAGAUCCGACAGGGUCUCGGGCCCGCUAGAGUGCCAGGAAAGGUUUCUGGCCGGGCAUGA